CUUCUAAGUCAGAAUUUCGGAAGUCUGACAGAUGAAGUCAAGUGAUUAAAUUUGUCACCUGUAUUUGAGAAAUUUAAAUUCGGCUUAUAUAUUCUACAUACACCUUUAUAUAUUCUAAAUUACCAAAGACAAAAUGGAAGCAGUUGAACAUACACCUGAAUCCUUGCAGAGAAAACUUUAUUUUUUAUUAGAACAACUGCAAGAUAUGGCCCGUGAGUUGUCACCAAAAUAUCAAAUGAGAGUGCCCAUUGAACUUUUAUCAGGACUUGCAAAUUGUCUCUUGAACGACACAGUAUUUGAAAUAGUGAAGGGAUUAAUGGAAAUACAACAUGUAACAGAAAAACACUUAUUUCAACAAAGACUGCAAAUAAUAAACAAUCAUGCUGUGGAAAUACAAGAAAUGGUUAACACAACACCAAUUCCAGAGCAACUAGAACUUAAAAGAAAUAUUUUGCUAAGAAGACACAAGGAAGAACUGAAGCAGACUGAUAUGAAAUUAGUUAUCCAGUUAGAUCAGAAAGUCAAUGACCAACAAGACACUUUAGAAAAAGCAGGAGUCCCAGGAUUUUAUGUUACAAAUAAGCAAAUAGAAAUAAAAGUGCAGAUGUACCUUUUAGACUUUAUAUUAAGACUGAGCAAAAUGGAUAUAGCAUAAGACUAAAUAUAAAUAUUACCUACUUUAA